AUUAUCAGAAAGAAAGGUUAUGACAAGAAAUUAUAAUGAUGUAAAAAUUGACACUAUCAUAUUAAGAAAUUGAAUCGUCAGAAAAGUAAAAGUGUGAAAAAAUGAGGUUUUACAAUGUGUUCUUUUUACUUACACAUUUCAUUUCUACGCAAGGGUUUCCAAAUACAGGCAGAGAUACUCAAAUUACAUCAAGAGGAGAGGUUUACAGGGCUAAGUUAGGAGAAAAUUUACGAUUAGAGUGCACCGUUGUUGAUCUAGGAGAUAAUAUACUUCUUUGGAAGCAGGGGGCAAGGGUGUUAACAGCUGGAGGAAUGAAGGUCAGAAGGGACCCUAGACUUGAGCUGAAAGGAACUGAUCUUGUAAUAAAGAAUCUUGAGCUUGAGGAUAGAGGAGAGUAUGAUUGCGAGGUUGAAAGUGAUAGAGAGGUUCCAGUCUCUAUCCGUCACAGCCUUGAUAUACUUCAUCCUCCAUCAACAUUUCCCGAACCUAGUUCAGGAGGUGUGAUGGUAAAAGAAGAUACCUCUGUGACCCUAAAGUGUGGAGUAACUGGUAACCCUGUGCCAACUGUAACCUGGACAAAGGACGGGGAGCUACUGCAGGAGGGACAAAGUAUCACUGUGUACAAUAUAAACCGGUUCCAUGCUGGAGAGUACAAGUGUACAGCUGAUAAUGGUAUAGGAGAACCAGACAGUGCAAUAAUAAAUAUGGAUGUACUCUAUCCACCUGUAGUAGAAUCAGAAUAUCCCAGGGUACUUGGAGGAGUUGGCAGAAAGGUUGAGCUCUCAUGUAAAGUUCUUGCUCAACCAGAACCAGAGAUCAAAUGGUUUAAGAACACAAACCAGGAGAUUAAACCUGAACCAGGGGUCAGGAGUUUCAGGAGUAAUCAGACCCAUCACAGUCUAACCUUUCAUCAUAUGAAUGAAAUAGACUUUGGAGAGUACUUUUGUGAAGGACUUAACAGUUUGGGCUCUGGCAAAAGUCGUAUCCUUGUUUCUGGUAAACCUGAGGAGCCUAUUGUUGAGGAUGAAGUUAGAAAAGAAGGUGAAGGUGCUUAUACAGUGAGCUGGUCAGUUAGGUCCUACAGACCUAUUCUCGAGCAUAUCCUGUACUACAGGAAAACACAGAGCUUAACUGAGAAUGGUUGGACCAGGCUGGUGAUUCAUAAAUCUUCAGAUAAUCUUGACGUAGAGAAGACGACAUUUACACUUCAGAGUCUGGAAGAAGAUCAAGAAUACCAGGUUCAAGUUGAAUCCAAGAACUUCUUCGGUGUGAGUAGACUCAGUAAACCUGUACUUUUCAAAACAUACAAAUCAGAAACUGAUACAAUUGUGGACACAAAUGAGGGACACUUUAAAAAUCUUCUUUUCUUUAGGCAGAACUCACAAAGUGGUUCAAAUAGUCAGUACAUUCAUUUCUCCAGGAUAACUUUAACCAUCAGCACCAUAGCUCCCUACCUUCUAGUCUACAUUUAUCUACAUGUUAAUAUCUACCUUUAAACAGUAGAUGUGUAGAUACAAUAUCAACCAUUAGCGUAGCUUCAUACCUUCUAGUCUACAUUUAUCUAACUGUUGAUAUCAACAGUUGAAACAAAGUAGCUAUACAAUAUCAACCAUCAGCUAGUCUACCUUCAUCAGUAUGUUGAUAUCAACCAAAAACAGAAAACAUUCUAAUCAAUUUAUAAGAUUUAAAAAGAAUUUACUUGCUAAUAAUCUUAUGAAUAUGAUAAGAUAACGGCUUCUUUAGACCAUAUCAUUGGUCGCCACGAUUCUAAACUGUUCAUCUAAUCAGUUAAUAAAUUUUUCAGUGUCAGCUUCAGCUUCAGGGACCAAGUUUAAUGAAUGUGAGCUGCAUCGCAGAACUAUUUACUGCUGGCUUAAUUCUGAACCACCGAUUAAAAUUAAAGAUUCAGGAUGAAUUUAAAUCGGUAAUUCAAUUUGAACUGGCGGUAGCAGGUCAAGUUGAUUAAAUUCGGUCCCAGGAAAAAAUACACGAAAAUUUUUAACAUGUUUUUGACACACAAUGGAUAUCAAGUAUAAUUUUUAUAACUUGUUUUACCACUUUUAAUGAAAAUAUUGCUUACAUUUCUAAUAUCCCUGCCCGGCGUGCGCGUGUUAGUAAUGGAUCUACAUUCUACACACUACACAGUAGGGCCAUAGAACUGUGGAUUAGGAAGAUGACUGUUCGACUUAAAAUAGUCCAAAUCAAAUCAGGAGUUUUAGAGAAAACUUUAGGCUCCUUUCAUCAGCCUGGAGUUUCAAGUCCUCUGAUUGUAAAAUGGGGUUUCAGCCCGGAUCUGAAUUUAUUUUGACAUUUGCUAUAAUUCAUUUUAAUGAUUAAUUUUUAACAUUAAGCGUUAUUCCAGAGUUGUAAUGGUCUUACUGUAUAUUUUUCAUUUCUUAGUACAAACCGAACAUUUCAGAGAUAGAAGGGUUUUUGCUUAAAUUUUCGCUGACAAUCUGAAACAGCAGCAAUGGACCAAUAUUAAUAAUUAAUUGACUUUUUUAAUUGAUUGUCUAAUUUUGAAAUGAAAGAAUGUAGUUUAUGGGAUUUUAGAUUGAGUUUAUGUUUUUGAACGAUUGGUGACAUAUAAAUAAUUUAGUUUUGCUCAAAAGUACAUUCAGUUGUCUUUAAAAGUAGACUGAUUUUAAAUUGGCACCUUUGACAAAAACAAAUUAAUUAUCACACAAUUUUUAAUCAUUUUAAAAAAAUUCUUUAGAUAUUGCAUUUUGUAGUUCCACUUUUUCAAAGACAAAGUGUCCUUACCAAUAUAUGUUUAGCAUCGAUAUUAAUGCUAUGAACUUUUUGAUUCUAAAUGCAUUCAAAACUUUAAACUGUUCAGUUUGUGUACCGUUAAAAUUAUAAAAAAUUCUUUUGUUUUAUAUAUCCAAUUAUACAUCUUUUGUUGGGUUUUCAACAA